ACCUGAUCAAAGUUUUGACACAUUCUCCUCUGUGGCUGAUCACUAACAGUAAAACAUGCUGUUUGCCUCUGGGUGAAGUAGGUGAAGAGGAGUUUGUCUGAGAGCUGCUGACGGGGUCAACAGAGGCUAGACAGUGAGGAGACAUGAAAGCUGUGGUUGGACUGUUGCUGAUGCUGCUCGGAGUCUCUCAUGUUCCAGGUGUGGAAAUCCACUGUGACGGCAGACAGGAUGGAGCUCAGUGUUAUGGAGCUUUGGGAGGAACUGUGGUCCUCCGGCUGAUAGCCAGCGCCUCAGAAAUAACUAAAUACCAAUGGAAAUUCAACACAACAAUAAUACUCAAAGGGAGAAAUAAUGAGAUUUACUCUAAUCUGAUAGCAGACAGAUCCUUCUUUACUCCCAGUAAUGGAACAUUUAGGAUCAAUAACCUGAGCAGGACUGAUGGUGGUGAAUAUACCCUAGAAACAUUUGAUUCCAGUGGACACGGUUCAAAGCCUCAGACUCUACAGUUGUUCAUUCAAGCUCCUGUGUCCUCUGUCCGGCUGGUCACUGAGUGUCUGUCCCAGGGAGAGAUGAGGGCGUCCUGCUCCUCUGAGGGAGGGGACAGUCCUCAGUACAGCUGGACUCUGGGUGGACGCACACUGACACACACUGAGCUCCUCUCUGGAAAUCAUGAGACUAACAACAUCACUCUGAAACAACACGUCUCAGGACGCCUGGUCUGCUCAGUCAAGAAUAAUGUCAGCCAUGUCUCCAAAGAGGAGACGAUAUCUAACUGUGGCUUCAUCUACAUUAAUUGCACCUCUAAUGGGACGCACAUAUCACAGUGGGUGUUUGAAGCCAAUAACACACUGUGUAUCAAGUCAACAACAGCCCCUACCACGGUCCCAGACACUACUGUGGGUAAGGAGACCAGUAUCACAGUGUCAAAUAAGCCCUCCAUUACUAUUACAUCCUCCAAUCAAACUGUGCCUUCCCCGAGCAGAAAUCACCCAUGGUACAUUACCAAUUUGCCGGCGUUGGUUGGUGCACUCGCAGCACUGGUAAUUCUCUUGGUGGUUGGUGUAGCCGUCAUCUAUGCUCAGAAGAAAAAGAAAAGCAACGAACCCCAAGAGGAAACCGAUGAGCAGGAAUUAACCUAUGCAGAUGUCAGGAUCCUGCAGCGGCAGAGGGGGCAGGUGAAGCAGAGAGAGGAGGUGGAGGUGGAGUACGGCCAAGUCAAGUUUUCAGCGCGAUCUCGGCAGACUGUUGAGCCAACAGGAGAUAACUGUGUGUACGCCAUGGUCCGUAGGUGAUUUGAAGGGUUCAUUGUCUGGAGGACUUGAACCUUAAUUUAAUGUGAUUUCCCAUUAGGACAAUACAACCCAUGAAAGCGCACACAUAUUGUGGUUUUCUUUACUUCUACUGUACUCCUGUACCUUCUUGUUUUUACCUUUUCCCUUAAUUUAUGAGCAUAUGAACAUGUAUUUCAUAGUCAAAACACUGUAAACUUGCAAUGACAAUGAAAGAAAUUUGUCAUUACAGUGUAUUUAGUUUUGUUACUCUACAGUGAUGACAGACACAAACUGUCAUCUAUUGUAUACUCUGAAUAGGCGUCAUCACUAUGUUUAUGUUGGUCAACCAUCUGUGUUUACAUGUGAUCUAAAAAGGCAACUUUUAACUUGAUGUCAAAGUGAAAGAGUUUGCAAUUACUUAAAUUAAAAUGUAUUUAUUAAAGAAAUGUGGAUAGAUUAGUUGGAGUAUAUUUAAUAACCUCCUGUACAGUGUGCAUUGCAAAAUUACAUUUAUCAAAGUUUCGGUGCAGUUAACAUCAAACUCUACUGUGCAGUCUUCCCUUAAAUUUCUAGCCUAAAGAUAAGUUUGAAAGAGGAAGAAAGAAAUGUCUUGUCUCUCUGGAAGUUCAACAUAGCAAGUAUGUGGUUCCUGAUGUAAGCACUUCUGCUUUUUCUCACGCAUGAGCUGUCAGUCUUACAAAAUAGUUUAUCAGUUGCAGGGUGUGAUAUUUAAGAAAACCUAAUUACAGGGUGUUCAAACCAUUUGUGACAUUUAACUUUUUUACAUAUUCCUUUAAUGGAAUGAUAAGUUUGAAUGGGUUGAGCAGUUUGAAUCAUACUGCCUAUAUAAAGUCAGGGGUAGACUACAAGUUAGUUAACGUUUGUGUGUUAGUAGAUGGUAGUAGGUGUUGCCUGCAACUACAAUAUAUGGAGUUACUUCUGAAAUUUGAAAUGGUUACACUUACAAUUACUUAUUAGUUAAUACAGUGAGUUAGCAGCAGCAUUGGAGAGACACGUUUUAAAAAAGUGUGUCUUCUUCUGGGGAGAACCGGAACAAAUAUAGUGUUGCUGUAUAUUUCAGUGAACUUGUUGUUAUAUUUGUACAGUGUCUAGUUCAAGAAGAACUUGAUGUUUUCUUAUCGUUUAACACCAUCAAGCUACAUUUCCUAUAUUUAGUUUGUUGUAUUUCCUAUUUCUCUGUGGCUUCCAGUUUAGAGUGUACCUGAAUAGAGAUAUCAGUGUUACUGAACAAUAGUAAGACUUAAAACUUUGUGAUGACUGAUUAAUUUGGAAUAAAUGUUGAACUAUUUUAGACUCCAACUUUCAAGGCUGGAGGUGAAACAUUGUGGAUA